ACUCUGCCGUCUCCUGAUCUCGCUCCCUCUCUCUUCGCCGAACAGGAAGUGUUGCCGGACCGGAAGCGGGUGACGACCCGGAGCUACCUGCCCAUCUCGCCGGUGGACACCGACAGCAGCCGAAACUUCACCUGCGUGGCCAGAAACCCGGCGGUGCCGACGGGCAAACGGGCCACCGUGACCCUCAACGUCCACCACCCUCCCACGGUGACCCUGUCCAUCGAACCUCGCUCCGUCCUGGAGGGCGAGAGGGUCACCUUCACCUGUCAGGCCACAGGGAACCCUCCCAUCAUUGGCUUCAGGUGGGCAAAGGGCGGCGUGCUGCUGGAGGGCGCCCGGGAAAGCGUGUUCGUCACCACGGCGGAUCACUCCUUCUUCACCGAGCCCGUCUCCUGCCAGGUCUUCAACGUCGUGGGAAGCACCAACGUCAGCAUCCUGGUGGACGUGCACUUUGGACCGAUACUGGUAGUGGAGCCGAGGCCGGUCACGGUAGACGUGGACUCUGACGUCACUCUGAACUGCAAGUGGUCUGGGAACCCCCCUCUCACCCUGACCUGGACCAAGAAGGGCUCCAGCAUGGUGCUCAGCAACAACAACCAGCUGUACCUGAAGUCGGUGAGCCAGGCCGACGCAGGCCAGUACGUCUGCAAGGCCAUCGUGCCCCGGAUCGGCGUGGGAGAGACGGAGGUCACGCUCACCGUCAACGGCCCCCCCAUCAUCUCCAGCGACCCCGUCCAGUACUCCGUCAGAGGGGAGCGAGGCGAGAUCAAGUGCUACAUCGCCAGCACCCCCCCGCCCGAUAAGAUCGUGUGGGCGUGGAAGGAGAACGUGUGGGAGAAGGAGAAGGGCACCCUGAUGGAGAGGUACACCGUGGAGCAGAGCAAGCCUCCGUCCCAGGGCGGGGCCGUGGUCUCCACCCUCACCAUCAACAACGUCAUGGAGUCUGACUUCCACUCGCCCUACAACUGCACCGCCUGGAACGCCUUCGGACCCGGGACCAUGAUCAUCACCCUGGAGGAGACCGAUAUUGUCCCGGUGGGAAUAAUCGCCGGUGGGACGGUGGGCUCCUUCAUCCUGCUGCUUCUGGUCCUGCUGGCGCUCGCCUUCUUCCUCUACCGCCAACGCAAAGGCAGCCGCCGGGGCGUCACCCUCGGUAAACCCGACAUCAAGGUAGAGACGGUCAACAAGGAGACGCACGGCCUGGAGGAGGAGGCGGCCGACGUCUCCACGGCAACGCGGAUGGUCAAGGCCAUGUACUCACCGUUCAAAGACGACAUGGACCUGAAGCAGGACAUCCGGAGCGAGAGCGACACCCGGGAGGAGUACGAGCUCAAGGACCCGACCAACGGCUACUACAACGUCCGGGCCACCAGCCACGACGAAGCUCGCCCCCAGUCCCGCGCCGUCCACUACCAGGGCGAGUUCCGCGCCCCCAACCCCAACGCCGGACCGGCCGGCGCCGCUUCCGGCGGACCGCCGGCGGGCGCCAGCGGUGCCGUUCCCCCCAGCGGCGUGCCGGGCUCCAGGGCGGGCUGCUACGACCCGCGGCCCCCGUCCAGGAUGUCCCACGCCACCUACGCCCAGUUCAACACCUUCGCCAGGGCGGCGCAGAGCCAGCAGGCGCCUCCCGUCCCGGCUCUCCAAUCGCCAGGCGAUUACCCCGGAGACCUGCUGGACAGCACGCCACAGCUGGCCUACGACCCCUACGGGUACCCCUCCCAGUACCCCAGCUACCGCACGGGCUUCGCUCCCACCAUGGAGGAAGGUCCGGCCUACGAGAUGUAUCCGACGGGCCAAGGGCCAGGACCAGGACCAGGACCAGGACCAGGACCGGAACCAGGACCAGGACAGGGACCGGGCCCGGGGCAACAAAGUCCCGAAACCGGUCUGGGGCAGUAUGGAACCUCCACUCGCUUCUCAUAUUCGUCUCCACCCUCUGACUAUUCCCAAAGACACACACAGCGGAUGCAGACUCAUGUUUGAGGAACACACACACACACACACACACACACACACACACACACACACUUUGACUGGCGUUUUGCAGUUGCAGUACUUAUAACGCUAAAGAACCUGAAUAUAUCAAAUACCCAUUGUUCUUUUUCUCCAUGGCGUCCGGUGCUCGGCGCCGCGUUCGUCUCUCUGGACCAAUGAGAACGAGUCAGCAGCUCCUCGCGUGAUCCAGCAGCAACACGAGCAAAAAGUGCAGAGCGACAGCAGACUUUGAGUUUGUGCUCCGACAAAAGCGACGGCGAGAACCACAAUCGAGAGCGCAGAGACUGAAGAGCAGACGGGCACUUUGAAGGAGGAACCGGAGGAACCGACUCUUCACGUCCAUCACAUCUCUGUAAAUAAGCGCAAAUGGAGAUUUGGCUGAUUUGGGAGUUAUUUCCUUGUAGAAGCGUGAUGCGGCGCAGUGACAUGCAGCAGUGUAAUACACAUGUUUAUGCAUUUUCUGACUGUUGCAAAACAAAAACAACACGUACACGUCUUGAAAGACUCACUGGUUUCGAUGUAUUGCAGCAACGCGGCAGCUUGGACCAUGAAUAUAUUUGGCAUUUUUAUUCGGUGAUAUUCGGACCAGAGUGCCGAUGCUUCUGUGCCGACAACCUAUUGAACAAUGUGUUCUUUUGUAAAGAGCGGAUGAGGAUGGGGGGGGCGGGGGGGGGUCUGGACUCAGAGGUUUUGUAGGAGUCUCGCGUGAGAGGGAAGGAGGAGGAGGAGCAGUGGUAGCAGACGUCCCUCUACGCUCGCUCUCCUCCUCCUGACUCACUUUGAAGCGUUUCUAGACUUCAUCUUUCACUCGAGGUCGACGCUGUAAACUGUAUUUGUGAUACGAGGUUUUGGCCGCAGCGCUUUUUCAUUCUGGCAGUUUGUACAAAGAGAAACUUCCCUCGAGUGUCCAGAA